AUGGUACCAUCUCCCAUUCUCAGGGCCAGCCUCCUAGGGCUACCCUCCGAGCUUCGCAACCAAAUUUAUCAAGACUACUUCACGGUCGAUGGUGGCUAUGUUUACGAUGACGAUACGGAUAAGCUUGUUCAGCCUGGCGGAAAGCCCAUCGACAUAUCACUCCGAUCCACUUGUCGCUCAAUCGCUUUGGAGACACAAGACUUUCCAUUCAGCCUCAACGCCAUCAGAUUCUCAACUGUGUAUCGCAACGAUUGGCAAAAACAAGCUGCUUAUGUUGAAACGAUUUUCGAACACCAUAACAAGCUGAAGAAAUGUUUGUUACUCCAGCUUCGAGGCCUUGUGACCAGCGACAUGUACGAACAUUCCAACACUCGCAUUAGUGAGAACAUGUCUAUUGUUGAAGAGUGGGUUGCCAGAGCAAAGAUUGAGUAUCCCGAAGGCCGGCAUCCCGAUGUCUCGGAAUGGAUGGAUCACCGUGAACAACAUGAAUCGUUGCGGCCAAAAUGGGGUCUAAGUGGCCUUUCAUUUUCAAUGGGCUUGUCCAUCAGGCAUGUUUUGUGGAUCAUCGCGGAAAGGCACCCUCAAGAAUUUAUCGCAGCAAUUGAUGCAGUCAAACCAGGCUGGUCUUCUUCGCACUCAGCUCUUGACUUUUUCGACCUUACUGUUCUUCCAUGGUCAGUUCCCUCGCUAGCAGAGCUGAUGACUCUGGCCGAAGAGUGGCAAGUUUCGGAACGAGGGGACCGUUUGUUGGAAUGGUACAAGAAGAACGAAUUCCAUACCCUCUACAGGGGCCCGAUUUCCAAGUAUCGACGACGCCGUUAUUUUUCAGCAGCAUCCUUGGCCAUACGCUUUCUCAACCAGAUCACUAAACGCCAGCGUCUCAACAUCCAAAAUCUCAUCAUCAACGAAGAUCGGGCGUCGGGGCCCCGCGCAGAGAGUCACCCUAUCGGACUGAUCCCUUUCUGCAUCGAGAACCCAAAACUACACAUCGAUCAUCGUAUUAACCUAUGGCGAAACUUCACUUUUCGACUCGGUUGGCCACUUGGCCUGCGUUCAUCUUCGUUUAUAGCCUUGGAGCUCGAGUCUGUACUUAGUGAAGACGAAAUCGUGUGGAACGACUUCGUCCAGGCGCAUCAAGUGCACCAGGAAUUUUUACAAAGGGGAUUUGUUGACUGGAUGGUUCAUGUCAUGGAUCUUGCUGGUUACGGGAUGCCUUUGGACUCUUACACUUUGACGCUAGAUGGGGACCCCGAUCUUAACUACUCAACCGAAAUGUUUACCACCCUCAUGAAGCACGGGAUUGCAGAGCUAACCAUGAACUCCGACAUCGUGGCUCAAGGCAUAUUUGCAUCUCCUGAACACCCUGACUAUCCUUUUAUGACACGGCAGUCCAUGACAGAGGUCUGUCCCGUGAGUAAACGGAGUUCUCUAUUACAAUGCAACUUCACACUCGAUCAACCAUGGGACUAUAAAAAGAUUGUCGAGGAGAAUGAUGUCAAACCACGCCCAAUAAUAGAUUGGUUCUUCCCACACUUCGCUGACCCUGGUUAUUAUGAUGUGUUGACGCCUUCACUAAGUUUUCUGGACAUCAAGCUCGAGUACUUUGACCGAGAAUGGUUGUGGGACUCUACGGAUGAGACAAUGCGCGAAUAUGGGGAUCAGCUUUGGGUUAGAAUCUCGUCAGUUUAG